AUGUCCCAGGUGAUGUCCAGCCCACUGCUGGCAGGAGGCCGUGCUGUCAGCUUGGCGCCUUGUGACGAGCCCAGGAGGACCCUGCACCCAGCACCCAGCCCCAGCCUGCCACCCCAGUGUUCUUACUACACCACGGAAGGCUGGAGAGCCCAGGCCCUGAUGGCCCCCGUGCCCUGCAUGGGGCCCCCUGGCCAACUCCAGCAAGCCCCACAGGCGGAGGCCAAAGCCACCUGCUUCCUGCCGUCCCCUGGUGAGCAGGCCUUGGGGACCCCGGAGGACCUUGACUCCUACAUUGACUUCUCACUGGAGAGUCUCAAUCAGAUGAUUCUGGAACUGGACCCCACCUUUCAGCUGCUUCCCCCAGGGACUGGGGGCUCCCAGGCUGAGCUGACCCAGAGCACCAUGUCAAUGAGAACGAAGGAGGAACCUGAAGCCUUGGACAUAAAGUACAUCGAGGUGACCUCCGCCAGAUCAAGGUGCCACGAUGGCCCCCAGCGCUGCUCCAGCCCCUCUGUCACCCCACCCUUCAGCUCCCCUCGCAGUGGUGGCCUCCUCCUUUCCAGAGACGUCCCCCAAGAGACACGAAGCAGCAGUGAGAGCCUCAUCUUCUCUGGGAACCAGGGCAGGGGGCACCAGCGCCCUCUGCCCCCCUCAGAGGGUCUCUCCCCUCAACCGCCAAAUUCCCCCAGCAUCUCAAUCCCUUGCAUGAGGGGCAAGGCCUCGAGCCCCCACGGCUUGGGCUCCCCGCUGGUGGCUUCUCCAAGACUGGAGAAGCAGCUGGGAGGCCUGGCCCCACAGCGGGGCAGCAGGAUCUCUGUGCUGUCAGCCAGCCCAGUGUCUGAUGUCAGCUAUAUGUUUGGAAGCAGCCAGUCCCUCCUGCACUCCAGCCACUCCAGCCAUCAGUCAUCUUCCAGAUCCUUGGAAAGUCCAGCCAGCUCUUCCUCCAGCCUCCACAGCCUUGGCUCAGUGUCCCUGUGUACGAGACCCAGUGACUUCCAGGCUCCCAGAAACCCCACCCUAACCAUGGGCCAACCCAGAGCACCCCACUCUCCACUGCUGGCCAAAGAACAUGCCAGCAGCUGCCCCCCAUCCAUCACCAACUCCAUGGUGGACAUACCCAUCGUGCUGAUCAACGGCUGCCCAGAACCAGGGUCUUCUCCACCCCAGCGGACCCCAGGACACCAGAACUCUGUUCAACCUGGAGCUGCUUCUCCCAGCAACCCCUGUCCAGCCACCAGGAGCCACAGCCAGACACUGUCAGAUGCCCCCUUCACCACAUGCCCAGAGGGUCCCACCAGGGACAUGCAGCCCACCAUGAAGUUCGUGAUGGACACAUCUAAAUACUGGUUUAAGCCAAACAUCACCCGAGAGCAAGCAAUCGAGCUGCUGAGGAAGGAGGAGCCAGGAGCUUUUGUCAUAAGGGACAGCUCUUCAUACCGAGGCUCCUUCGGCCUGGCCCUGAAGGUGCAGGAGGUUCCCACAUCUGCCCAGAAUCGACCAGGUGAGGACAGCAAUGACCUUAUCCGACACUUCCUCAUCGAGUCGUCUGCCAAAGGAGUGCAUCUCAAAGGAGCAGAUGAGGAGCCCUACUUUGGGAGCCUCUCUGCCUUCGUGUGCCAGCAUUCCAUCAUGGCCCUGGCCCUGCCCUGCAAACUCACCAUCCCACAGAGAGAACUGAGAGGUGCAGAUGGGGCCUCGGACUCUACAGACAGCCCAGCCUCCUGCCAGAAGAAAUCUGCGGGCUGCCACACCCUCUACCUGAGCUCAGUGAGCGUGGAGACCCUGACCGGAGCCCUGGCGGUGCAGAAGGCCAUCUCCACCACCUUUGAGAGGGACGUCCUCCCCACGCCCACCGUGGUCCACUUCAAAGUCACAGAGCAGGGCAUCACCCUGACGGAUGUCCAGAGGAAGGUAUUUUUCCGGCGCCAUUACCCACUCACCACCCUCCGCUUCUGUGGUAUGGACCCUGAGCAACGGAAGUGGCAGAAGUACUGCAAACCCUCCUGGAUCUUUGGGUUUGUGGCCAAGAGCCAGACAGAGCCUCAGGAGAACAUGUGCCACCUUUUUGCGGAGUAUGACACAGUCCAGCCAGCCUCGCAGGUCAUCAGCCUGGUGACUGCUCUGCUGCAGGAUGCAGAAAGGAUGUAG